UAUGGAGGCUCCGUUGACUCCGUUCACGGUCCUCCAAAUUCUGCCGGAAGUCAUCACGACAAUAAGCAGUUUGACUGCUCACGUCAGGAUGAUUCGGCCACAAGUACGGCAAGUAUUACUUUCCGAGCCCGCGAGACUCGUAGAAAGGGGCCUCUGGUUUUCAAUUCGUCAAUUCUCUCAUACCCAGCGACAGGCAAUUGAAAGCAAAGGGGGAUCUCCAGUUCGGCCCGGACCUGCGACCGGUUCAGACAAAUCCACAACCUCAUCUUCGCGCCCACCGCUCAGCCGGGCUAAGACUUCCCCAAAUCCUCGAAGUUCUGCGUAUGAUCGUGCUCGUCCUCAACGGGUCGUCGAUGCAAGGUCGCUUGCAGCAUCUCAAGCGGGUGGCCAGCCUGCCAAUGUUUUGCGAGUGCCUAAGUUGCGAAACAUCCGAAAUUUGAUUCCAUCACGCAAUCGCAAACCCAGACCGCAGCCUGCCGCUAUUAAGGCAAAGGCUGGUCCAAAACGUCGAGAGUCUGCUCGUCCCAGACGGACAAGGAAACAGUCGGAAGAUGAAGAAGGAGAUGAUCUACGAGAAACACAAAUAGAGGCCGUGCUUCGGGAGCAGUCAGCAAAGGGAAGUCAAGUUCCAAUCCGGUAUAAUCCGCGAAUCCAUAAUUUUUCCACGUUGAAGGAGACUUGGCCUUCUCUGCCAAUGGAUGCAGCUUCUCGUGCAAGCAGUGCCUUGGAGAAGCUAUCCUGGUUAAGCGACCGUUAUCCAAACGGGUAUGUGCCACCACACGAAUUGGGAAGACGGCUAUUUGAAGGUCAGAAUGUUCUCUUUUUCAGCGAAGAGGAGAAGGCUCGAGCGGUAGAGGAAGCCAGGAAAUUGGCUCAGCGAAGAGCGGACAGAUUAAGCCAGCGGAAAGGUGAUCUAGUUGAACCGGAAGAGAUCUCUUUCAAAGGGAUCAGUGCAGAAAAUCGAGAGAAAUUACUCGCGGGCAUUGUGAGGGGCGAAUAUCCCAGGCUAGAAGUCUCGACCAACAAGUCGCCCAUCCUUGAGGCUGUUUCUAAGAACCUCAGAAACAACCAGACAUAUCAUACUGCUGGGAAGAGCUCGCAGUUCGUUGCCAAACUAAAUUCUCUUAUCGUCAGCAGUCGCCACACCAGAUCAGCAGCAUAGGAGUUUAGACCGCGGCGAUGAUAUGGUAAUUGUCUGUUAUUUAUCCGCAUCUUUGCAUUUUGAACUCGAAAUUCUGUAUGUAAGAAAUCCAAUUUGAACGCAU